UUCUAGUACUGCUGCUGAGUCCCCACGGGCAAGAAGAGGACCUCAAGACUCAGUUUCUCCGUCUCUACAUGGGCGUUCUUCCUGAACUUGCUCCUGGGUUGUUCUGGGCAGUGCCUGAGACAGGCUUUGGCUGGGAUGGUGGCAUUUGCUCAGGACCUGAAAGGGCCUGUCUUCCUUCAUUCCCUGUUCAUUAAGCCCUGUUCACAGUCACUGUCACAGCCGUGUUCUAACAGAGAAGAAAGACUGAGGGGGCAGGGUGAAGGGCGUAGUAUGCAGAAGAGAGUUAGGAUGCAAACUCCAAAUCGAGAAUUUCCAAAUUGCAAGAUUGAUUCAAUCUAGGCUCUGUCUCUGUCUGUCUGUCUCUCUCUCUCCUUCCUUCCCUCCCUCUUUUCCUUUCUCCCUUCCUCCCUCCUGUAUUAAGCUGCACAUGGCUCCUCCCCAAUGGCCAUAGGACCUGCCUGGAGGGUGGAGAGCUGAGUCUUCCCUAGGGUUCCUGGGAUUAUUGCUCAGUCAAGGCUUCUGAGCCCUUUUUCUGGGCCACCUGUUCGUGCCCACUGCAGUUAACAGACCCCCAAGCUGGUCUUCCAGCAGUUUUCAAGAGUCACCCAAUGCUCUAAGGCCCAACAGAUAGCUGGGUACGGAGCUCCUAAUGUCUGCAGAGAGGCCUCCAAAUUCAUCUUUCUGUCUAGUUUUGGUGGUGUAGCCAUUGGUCUGGACUUUCACUGUGACAUUCACCAUGGUAGGGAGUAGUUAUUCAAGGAAGAAAGAGGGAGAGAGAGAGAGAGAGAGAAAGUCCAGUCAAAUUGAAAGUCCUCUGGAUUACAGUUCCUGUGCACACCAGAAGCAGGACUCUUCCCCUAGGGGAACCCUUCCUCUCCUCUCUUGAGCGCAGUGCACCACAGCCGCAGGGUAGAGGCCCAAGAAACGGGCAGAGCCCACGUGCAGCUUGUGAAGCAGCUGCUGAGCCUUCCGCCCUGUGACACCGCCUCACUAGACACCUGUCCAUCAGCAGCAGCUGAGCCAGCUUCCAAAGGAAGGAGAAGACCUGCGUUUGGAUCCAGCGCUCAAAGCCACUCACAGUCACCUGUAACUCCAGCUCCAGGGAAUCGGAUGCCGUCUGGCCUCGCCUCCGCAGCUCUCUCGGAAACAGACGGACAUGAACACAACGCAGGGACAAGUGUCAUUCGAAGAUGUGUCUGUGGUCUUCACUCAGAAGGAGUGGCAGCUGCUGGACACCUCACAGAGGCACUUGUACAGGGAGGUGAUGCUGGAGACCUACAGACACCUACAAGCAGUGGGACACAAUGUAAGCAAACCUGAGCUGAUAUGGAAGUUGGAACAAGGAGAAGGUCCCUGGGAACCUCCAUACCACAGCCUCUCAGAAGUUCAGAGGGCCAAUACCAUGGCAACAAGUGAAGAAAAUGAAGGCAAAUAUCUGAGUCACGUUUUAUCUGUCAGCAACAAAACACGAACUAAGAAAAGAAGCAAGGCUCUGAAAGAAAUAAUUCAUCCGGCCACAAACUCAGUGGCCUCAAGAGAAAUACACCAGCAGUGUCACUCAACUGAAACAAGCUUGGAAAACGUUGCAGGAUUAUUAAUUACUGAUAGUAGUAACUAUGCCAUAGAAAAGUUUGAUGGUUUAGGUGGGUCUAGAUCCCUUGAUACUGAGCAUGAAAAUACUCGUCUAAGAUGCAAAACCCGUGAAAGCAAUCAAAAGAAGAAACCCAACAGUCCUAGGGAAGGCCUUACUCGACAUCAGACCUUGCAUUUGGAGCAAGUUCUUGAAUAUAAAAAUUGUGGGGAGGCCUCAUCCAGAAAGACAGCCUCUGGAAGACAUGAGACAGUUAACACAGGACAAGAGCCCUCUCAGGAUGGCAAAUACAUGAAAGACACUGCCCACAGGAUAAGGUUCCAGUCUUUUCUAAGAACCCUGAGGGAAAGGAAGGCACAAGAGGCCGUCAAAAGUGGAAAAGCCUCAUGUGUGAUGUCAGCACGCCAACAUCCAAGAACUCACGUAAGGGAAAAGCACUGUGAAUGUGAUACGCCUGAAAAGUCCUUCAAUGAGAAAUCAUAUCUCAGCAGACAUCACAGAAAGCAACCAGGAGAAAAGCCUGGUGAGUGUGAUGUAAGCGAGGAAGCCUUAAGAAACCCACCCGACAUCCCGAAGAAGAAAAUUCCUGUGGGAGGGAAGAGUGAUGGCUGUGGGAAAUGUGGAGGAACCCUCCCUGGAAAGCCAGGCCUUACUCAGACACAGAGGACUCACACAACAGAAAGACCGAAGAGUGCCAACAGCCAGACAGCCUUAAAGAAAUCACAUUCAACCCUAAAACAGAGAAUUAGCACAAGAGAGAGAAAGUGCAACAGAAAUGAGUGUGAGAAAUCCCAGGCCUCCUUCCUCACGGAACCAAAACGUACUCGACAACAGAGAGCAUCCUCAGAGGAGAAAUCGGGUGAGAGUAAGGGAAGUGAGAAGUCAGCCCUUGGUGAAAACCAGAGCGCUCACAAAGAACAGAAAGCCCAUGAGUGUCACAACUGUGAGGAAGGCUGUCCCAAGAAAGCAGGACUUACUCAGCAGCAGAGUUCAGACACUGGGAAAAAACCCUAUGCAUGCAAGGAAUGCGACAAAUCCUUCCUGGUGAAGUCAAACCUCACUGAACACCAGAGAACUCACACCGGAGAAAAACCCUAUGAAUGCAACCAGUGCGGGAAGUCAUUCUGCCAAAAGUCUGCCCUCAAGGUACACCAGAGGACCCACACGGGAGAGAAACCGUACAAAUGCAACGAAUGUGGGAAAACCUUCUGUGUGAAGUCGAACCUUACGCAACACCGAAGGACCCACACGGGAGAGAAGCCCUACAAAUGCAGCGAUUGCUGGAGAUCCUUUUGUGUCAAGUCCAACCUUGUCGUGCACCAGAGAACCCACACAGGAGAAAAACCCUACAAGUGUCGUGAGUGUGGGAAGACCUUCUAUGAGAAAUCUGCCCUCACAAAACAUGAGCGGAUUCACACAGGGGAAAAACCCUACGAAUGUGAUGAAUGCAAAAAAAAUUUCAGCCAGAGGUCAGCCCUUACCAAGCAUCAGAGAAAAACACACAAGAAGAAGACAACCACCGCUUCCCUUCCUGGGAGUGAAUCAACAAGUAAAACUCACUGAACAGCAACAAAACCUGAAAGCAAGGAUGCUACCAUGGCAACCCAUGUAGGAAAGAGAUCACUAACAGGUUAAAUAGUGACAGAAACUAGAGAAUUAAUGUAGGUCUGAAAGCAUAAGAAAACAUUUCAAACACGUAACUAUUUUUAACAGGUCUUCAACAUUGUUGAAGGAAAAAUACAUAAUCUUAAUGAAUAAGAAGAAAAAUGUCCUUGUGAAAAUAUUGCCUAACUAGAAGUUAUAUUUCAGAUGUGAUGAAAACCCAAUUACAUGACAGAUAAAAGCAUGCCAUCUGUUCUUAACGGAACGUGAAGCAUGGAUCUUUCAUAACAAUGAUAAUUUAGCUUUUACUGAUUCAGUUGUAACAAACAGUCAUCUUUUGCCUACCCAUCUUGAUUCUCUUCAUCAUGUUCUCCCCGUUUGCUUUCUGGGAGUUUGUUUAAUUUUUUUUUUCAAUAGUAAAGAGAACAUUGACCAAGACAAAGGAAGGAAAGGGGUAAAAGCCCAAAGCAGUGGAACUGAGCAAACGGAAGCAGCAUGAACAAGGAAUCUCUCUGUUAAAGAUGUGUGUGUGUGUGUGUGUGUGUGUGUGAGAAUGUUGAGUUUAAAAACUAUGUUCAGGGGCUAGUAAAGGCUCUUGGUAUACAAGCCUGAUGACCUCAGUUUGAUUCCUGGAACCCAUGUAAAGCUGGGAUGAGAGAACUGACUCCACAUAUUUGUCCUCUGACCCCAAACAUCCACUGUGGCAUACACACGGCCACAUACAUGUGUGCACACAUGUAUGCACACACUGAUAAUAAGUAAAAUAAAAAAUUUAAACAACUACAAAGACCCUAAAUCUAACACCGGGUAGUUUGUCAAAGAGAAGAAGGGGAAGAGGAGGAAGAAGAAAGUAAUUUAAAGUCAGUUGAAAGAGGGAUUUGAAAGUUAAAAGACAGCAAAAGGAUAUAUUUUUAAAUCCAAUAAAG